AUGUCGAGUGCUGAUGAUGUGAGAGCCAAAAGAUUGGCCAAGUUAGCAAGCUCUGCAAACACCACACCAAAUCGGCAACAAUCUCCCACUGCAGACACGUCAACCACCAACGUUGCUACUACUGUUGCCACCAAUGACAACAAUACAAAAAGUGAAAAAACAACACCAAACACACCUAAACCAAUACUGGAACCCCCUGCUAAACCAACUGUAUCUGGUCAUACUCCUGUAGAUCAAACAUUACUGAAAGAAGAUCAAAUUUCAUCAUGGAUUAAAUUGGAGUUGGAAUACAUUUUCCGGGCAACAACAACGAAACUGUCGGAUAGUUCUAAAGGUUUAAUUUUUUUACCUAACUUGGCUUAUGAAUUAAGUGACAGUAAUGUUAAAUUAAAUGAAGACCACAUUGAAUCAAUUUUUAUGGAAAUUUUAACUGAAUUAGGUGUUCCAAAACAAUACAAAACACCAAUGGAAUAUUUGUACACGGUUUAUCACAAUGCAUUCAAAACCAAAAGAACACUUGCUGUGAAAUCUUUAUUCUACGAAGAUAAAGUGGCAAUUUUAAACAAGAUCAUUAGUCUUGUGGCUGCUUAUGGGAAUAUGAGUUUCCAAAUGCCCGAUAUGUUUGUCAAUAAUGAUCUACGUAAAUCACUUGAUUUGUUUAUUGACAGAUUUGGGGAUUUAUCGUCAUUUUUGAGUGAUAUUAUUCAAGUCAGUAUAGAGGAAGAAUCUUUACUUGAAUUGUUGAAUUUAUUUUUCCCAUAUUUGAGUGCUCGAUUAUAUCAAGCAAAUUUAAAUGAAAGGAAUUAUUUGAAUUAUAUCUCUGUUUUCCAAUUUUUAGUUUCAAUUAAACCUGUUGCAGCUAUUUUUUCACAAAUAAAAGGGUUUCAACCUCCAGAUAAAACCAAGGCUUUGGAUUAUGAACACAAAACAUUGUUGGGUCCAUUAUUAAGAAUUUCUCCAUUGUUAGAUAAUAUGGCUAGUUUUUAUUUUGGACAAGAAACUAACAGUAUGUCACCGGUACAAAUCAACAAUCUUUAUGGAUCGAUGCAAACAGAAUAUAAAGUGAUCAUUGAUCAUUUGUUUGUUAUUAUUGAUAAACUAAUCAGAGGUUCAACUAAAACCAGAGAAGAUUUGUUGCAAUGGCUAGGUAAUUUAAUAAACUUGAGUCAUUUAAGAAGAGGUAGUCAUGCUGAUUUCAAAAAAUUGGCUAGUGAUGGUAUAAUGUAUAAUAUAUCGGUUGUUUUCAUCAGAUUAAGUUUACCAUUUUUGGAUUAUCCAACAUUUGGUAAAAUUGAUAAAAUAGAUGUUGAUUAUUUUUUUAAAAGUGAUUUAAUUGAUAUUAAGGAGGAAUCAAGAGUGAAUUCCACUAUUGAAGAAUCAAAUGAAUACUAUGCCAAAAGAAAACAGGAAUCAUCAAGUGAUAAUUUAACUCCUACUCCUCCUCCUAAUUUUAUUUCUGAUUGUUUCAACUUAACAUUGGCUUAUUUGCAUUAUGGUGUUGGUGGUAUAUUUGUCAAAUAUGAUCGUGUAAAACGUCAACUUGACCAAAUGGAACAAAGAUUAGAAGCUAUUGAAUCUGAACAUCCAAUACCUGGAAUGAAUCCCAUGAUGCAACAAUUGAUGAGACGUGAAUUGCCAAAUUUAAAAAAUGCCAUUAUCAAUAUGAGAGCUCAAAGACAUGUUAUUAAAGCUAUUUUUGAUGAUCGUGAUCAUCAAUUGGAAAUUUUUGAUUUUGUUGUUGGUGCUACCACAUUUAUCACAAGAUUAAUUGAUCCCCAACAUAAAUAUCCUCAAGUGAAGCUUUCUAUACCAAUUUUAAAGAUUUCUAAUGUUUCUCAAUUAGAUGAUCAUGAAUUUUUGAAAACGAAAACUCCCGAACCUUGGAAAUAUUAUCCUGAAUUUAUAUUAGAAGGUAUCAUUAAUUAUUGUAAAUUUUCUACUAGAUUUAUUGGAUGCCCCUUGGUUUCUAAUGAAAAUAAAUUGAAUAUUUUCGUUGAAUUUCUGACGAUUUUAUUAAGAUGUCCAGAAUUAAUUGGUAAUCCUCAUAUGAAAGCAAAUUUGGUUGAAUUGUUAUUUAUGGGAUCCUUACCUAUGCAAAAUGGGGCACCGGGUUUUAUUUCUAAUAUUUUCAAUGGUAAUCAAUUAGUAAUGGAUAAUCUUUUGUAUUCUUUACUUGAUUUUUAUGUCAUGGUAGAAAAAACGGGCGCCUCGUCACAAUUCUACGAUAAAUUUAAUAGUCGUUAUUAUAUUUCGGUAAUAUUGGAAGAAUUAUGGCAGAAUCCUCGUUAUCGUUUUCAGUUAACUGAUUAUUCUAAGAAUAAUGUUGAUUUUUUCAUUCGAUUUAUUGCUCGUAUGUUGAAUGAUACUACAUAUUUGUUGGAUGAAACAUUUAAUUUGUUGAAUUCUAUUCAUGAUUAUCAACAAGAAAUUAAAAAAAGAGAAUCUGGUGGUGAAGCAAAUGAAACUAUGGGUACAGAUGAAGAAUUGGCUCAAAAUUUGGAAGAGGAUGAACGUCGAGUUAAAUCUUAUAUGGGAUUAUCAAAUAAGACAAUGGAAUUAUUUAAAUUGUUUACUAAAGAAGUUCCUCGAGGAUUUGUUUUACCUGAAAUUGUUGAUCGAUUAGCUGGUAUGUUAGAUUACAAUUUAUCGAUUUUGGUAGGUCCAAGAUGUUCAAAUUUAAAAGUUGCUGAACCAGAGAAAUAUCAAUUUGAACCUAAGAAAAUCUUGAGUGAUUUAUGUGAAAUAUAUGUUAGUUUAUCGGCACAACCAGAAUUUGUUAUUGCUGUUGCUAGAGAUGGUAGAUCAUUUAAUAUUGUUUAUUUCCAAAAAGCCGAGAAAAUCUUGACUACAAAAACAUUUAUUAAAAAUGAAAUCAUUAAUGGAUUGAUUGAAUUUGCGAAUAAGGCCGAAAAAGCUCGAUUAGACGAAGAGAAUGAAGAACUUGAAUUGGGUGAAAUACCUGAUGAAUUUUUAGAUCCAUUGAUGUUUACAUUAAUGGAAGAUCCAGUUAUUUUACCAUCAUCUAGAGUCAGUAUUGAUAGGUCGACGAUUAAAGCUCAUUUGUUGAGUGAUUCAACUGAUCCAUUUAAUCGUGUACCAUUAAAACUUGAAGAUGUGAUUGAUGAUGUGGAAUUGAAACAAAAAAUCCAAGAUUUCAAACAACAAAAGAAAAGCUCACAAAAGCAAAGUAAUAAUGAUGAAGAUGAAGAUGUUGUCAUGAAAGAGUAA